AUGUCUGACAACGGAGAACUGGAAGACAAGCCACCAGCUCCUCCUGUCCGGAUGAACAGUGUUAUCUUCAGUUUAGGGGGCAAAGACCAGUUGUAUGCCAACCACAGCUUGAAACCUCUGCCCUCUGUACCGGAAGAGAGAAAACCUAGGAAUAAAAUCAUCUCCAUAUUCGUUGGCACUGAAAAAGGAAGCAAGAAGAAGGAAAAGGAAAGGCCAGAAAUCUCCCCCCCAUCAGAUUUUGAACAUACCAUCCAUGUUGGCUUUGAUGCUGUGACUGGAGAGUUCACUGGAAUGCCAGAGCAAUGGGCUCGGUUGCUGCAGACCUCAAAUAUCACAAAACUAGAACAGAAGAAGAACCCCCAGGCGGUACUAGAUGUGCUGAAAUUCUAUGACUCCAAAGACACAGCAAAACAGAAGUAUCUGAGUUUUUCUGCUCCAGAAAAAGAUGGAUUCCCUUCAGGAACACCAACGAGCAAUGCCAAAGGUUCAGAGCCAUCAACAGCUGUGGCAGAUGAUGAUGAGGAUGAUGAAGAAACUCCUCCUCCUGUUAUUGCUCCACGACCAGAUCACACGAAAUCGAUUUAUACCCGGUCUGUGAUUGACCCCAUCCCUGCAUCAGCCGGUGACACUUCUGUUGACAGCGCAGCAAAAUCGGGUGAUAAGCAGAAGAAGAAGACCAAAAUGUCAGAUGAAGAGAUCAUGGAUAAACUACGCACGAUUGUGAGCAUAGGAGAUCCCAAGAAAAAAUACACCAGAUAUGAAAAAAUUGGGCAAGGGGCUUCAGGUACAGUUUUCACCGCUAUUGAUGUGGCAACAGGGCAGGAGGUUGCUAUUAAACAAAUAAACCUUCAGAAACAGCCCAAGAAGGAGUUGAUAAUUAAUGAGAUCUUGGUAAUGAAGGAGUUAAAGAACCCCAACAUAGUCAACUUCCUGGACAGUUACCUCGUAGGAGAUGAGUUGUUUGUGGUGAUGGAGUAUCUAGCUGGAGGUUCACUAACAGAUGUGGUCACAGAAACAUGUAUGGAUGAAGCACAGAUUGCUGCUGUUUGCAGAGAGUGCUUGCAAGCCCUUGAAUUCCUACAUGCCAACCAGGUCAUCCACAGAGACAUUAAGAGUGACAAUGUGCUGUUAGGAAUGGAUGGAUCAGUUAAACUAACCGACUUUGGUUUCUGUGCUCAGAUCACCCCCGAGCAGAGCAAGCGCAGCACCAUGGUUGGAACUCCUUACUGGAUGGCUCCUGAAGUGGUCACAAGGAAAGCAUAUGGCCCUAAAGUGGACAUCUGGUCUCUGGGCAUCAUGGCCAUUGAGAUGGUGGAAGGAGAACCUCCUUACCUCAAUGAAAAUCCCCUGAGGGCAUUGUAUUUGAUAGCAACUAAUGGCACACCAGAGCUGCAGAACCCUGAGAAACUGUCCCCAAUAUUCCGGGAUUUCUUGAAUCGAUGUUUGGAGAUGGAUGUAGAGAAAAGAGGAUCAGCCAAAGAAUUGCUACAGCAUCCCUUCUUGAAACUGGCCAAACCUCUGUCCAGCUUGACACCACUGAUCUUGGCAGCCAAAGAAGCAAUGAAGAGUAACCGCUAACAUCACUGCCACAGCCUUCAUCCUUUGUUUGUUUCUAUUUUACAAAUCUUUAUAAUAUAUG